AUGAACCCAUCUGAAGACUUAAUUAAAAAUAGUUUUAAUGAAGAGCAUAUUGAAUUUUACGAAUAUUCUUGCUUCAAAGAUGUUAAGCUAAUUGGAGAGGGAGGAUAUGGAAAAGUGUACAGUGCCACUCUCAAAAAUAACGAUAUUACAGUCGCAAUAAAAUCAUUUAAAAAUAAUGUAGCCAUUAGAGAAGUCGUUAAAGAGCUUAAAUUACAUAGUAGAGUAGAUAUGCAUUCUAAUAUCAUACGUUUACAUGGUGUUACUAAAAAUGAAGAUAAAACAAGUCCGAACUCUAUACAUUACAUGCUUGUUCUUGAGUAUGCAGAUAGCGGAACUUUAAGAUCGUAUUUAAAAAAUAAUUUUAAACAUCUUUCUUGGAAUGAUAAAAUUAAUUUUGCAUUACAAAUUGUCAGUGCA